AACAUCCACCACCGUCGUCACACCGAUCUCCGUUCACGUUCAAGCGCGAAGAAGCUUUCUUAAACCCACCCCCCCCCCCACCCAAAUUUCCAAAACCCUCGCCCGCUCCCAAACUCUCCCCGCAUCGAUCGGCGCCUCCGCACGGCGGCGGCGAGGCUCCGCAUCCUCCCGCCGAGCUCCGCCGCUUCCGCCCUAGGACCUCCGGGAAUGUCGCACUGUCUCGGCCGCGGCGGCGGCGGCGGCGACGAGGACGACGACGAGGACGAGGAGGAGGUGUCGAGCGGCAGCGAGGGCGGCGACGCUUUGUUCGACGAGGACAUGGAGGCCCUGAGGCGCGCCUGCGUCCUCGCCGGCGCGGACGCCGGCGGCCUCGGCUCGGCGGCGCCGGAUUCCGACGGCGACGACGACGACGACGACGAUCUCGGGCUGGUGAGGAGGUUGCAGGAGCGGUUCUCGGCGGACUUGGCGAAUCCCCUGACGCUGAAGCCCCUGGCGUCCCUCCACCCGGCCGCCGCGGCGACGUCCGACGAGGACGAGGACGACUUCGAGACGCUCCGCGCGAUUCAGAAGCGGUUCUGCGCAUAUGAUCACAGUAACACGGAGAACAGCAAGAAUGGCUUAUCUAGCGCUGGUAGCAUGUCCAAUGCUAUGCCUGUAAAUAUCUUUGGUGGUUGUAAAGUUUUUCCAGAUAAUGAGGAUACUCAUGACAGCAGUCAGACAUUGAAUAAAGAUGAGCACCAACCUUCUGCUUUCAUAGAGUGGCACCCGCCAGCUCGAAAGCAGCAAGGGCUGGCCAAAUAUUCUUCCUUCCCAAAAUCUGGCCAGAUAUUCGUUGAAGCCCUUAAGAAGAACAGGUCAUGUCAGAAGCUUAUUCGAAGUAAGUUAAUUCAGAUUGAAGCAAGAAUCGAGGAGAUCAAAAAGCUGAAGGAACGUGUCAAAAUCCUUAAAGAUUUUCAGGUUUCUUGCAGACAGAGAACUGGGAAGGCAUUAUCCCAGAAGAAGGACCCCCGUGUUCAACUUAUAUCAGCACGGAAGACUAUUAAGGAUUCAAAGGUCAACGAUAAAAAGUUUUCUGCUAUGUAUUACGGGCCAGCUGAGCAUUCCCAUGUCUCUAGUUAUAGAAUGGCAUUGACGAGAUUUCCCCUUUCGCUUCAGCGAAGCAAAUGGUCAGAGGUAGAGAAGGAAAAUCUUGGAAAAGGAAUAAAACAACAAUUUCAAGAAACAUUGCUUCAAAUUAGCUUGGACCGAUUCAGUGCUUCAGAUGGAGACCAAUAUGGCUUCGAAGAUAUACUUUUAUCAAUUAGAGAUCUUGAUAUCACUCCUGAAAGUAUCAGAGAAUUUUUGCCAAAGGUUAAUUGGGAUCAGUUGGCCUCCCUGUACAUUCCGGGUAGAUCUGGUGCUGAAUGUGAGGCAAGAUGGUUGAAUUGGGAAGACUCCUUGAUCAAUCACGGCAAAUGGACAGUUGAAGAAGAUAAGCAUCUUUUGUUUUUCAUCCAAGAAAAAGGGAUAAAUAAUUGGUUUGAGGUAGCAGUAUCUUUAGGGACAAAAAGAACGCCAUUUCAAUGCUUGGCCCGCUAUCAAAGGAGCUUAAAUCCUUGCAUACUGAAAAGUGAGUGGACUCCUGAUGAAGAUGCUCAGCUUCGUGCUGCAGUGGAGAUUUUUGGUGAGAGUGAUUGGCAAGCUGUAGCUUCUGCUUUGGAAGGACGAACUGGAACUCAAUGCUCCAAUCGAUGGAAGAAAACUCUCCAUCCUGCUAGGCAAAGGGUUGGUAGGUGGACUGCAGAUGAAGACAAACGUUUGAGAGUAGCUGUGAAGCUCUUUGGCCCCAAAAAUUGGAUGAAGAUAGCUGAUUUUGUUCCAGGUCGAACCCAAGUACAGUGUAGAGAAAGAUGGGUCAAUUGUUUAGAUCCGUCUCUGAAUUGGAACCGGUGGACACCAGAAGAGGAUGCCAUGUUGGAGACGGCAAUAGCAGAACAUGGAUAUUGCUGGUCUAAAAUCGCAGCAUGUUUGGCUCCUCGAACUGAUAAUCAGUGCAGAAGGAGAUGGAAAGUUCUGUUUCCACAUGAAGUACCUUUACUGCGGGAAGCUAGAAAAGUACAAAAGGCAGCUCUGGUAAGAAACUUUGUCGAUCGAGAGUCGGAGCGCCCUGCGCUUGGUCCUGGUGAUUUCCUCCCACUACCCAUGACGAGUUGUGUAUCUGACCCAGAUUCUCUAAAUCCCUCAAUGAAACAGAAGACAGGAUUGAGUGUUUUAGUGGAGGUGGGGUCCAGGAGGAAAAGAAAAGCAAAUCAAUCAAAUGCUGUGCAAGUGUCAAGAAGUAGUUGCAAUGAGGUUGAUUAUGAUGAAUUGGCUGAGAAUGGCUCCUCAAAGAAGACACGAGUGACAAAACCAUGCUCAGGAAAGAGUAGGCGUCGAAAGCAACAUAAAGAUCAUACGUCACAGCCCGUUUCAACAACAUCAGUGGUAUCGAAUGGUGAAAUCAGGGAAGUGAAUGGUCUUUCUGGCAUAGCAGAACAAGGGAAAAGCUCUCCUCGUGUUCAGAAGAAGGUGGAUCCCAAGAAACCCCAAUUUAACUCUGGUCUAGUUGUGGAAAAGGCCAGUUGCAACAAUGAUGAGACAGUGGCAAAACACGGUUCACUUUUAAGGAACAAGAAGGUCACAAAACUGCAUUUAAAUGGGGGUAGACCAAAUGGACAUGCAACCGAUCAUUCAUCAUGUCAGCUGGAUCUGACGUCGCUAGUCAUGGCCAACGGUGAAAAUCGUCAAGUGCAAGGGGUGUCUGAUUUUAGACGAAAACAGAAAAUUGUUACUUGUGACCAGGGAGUAGGGAAGAAGAGACCAAGAGUUGACAGUCAACUUGAUUUGGAGCAAGCUGUGGAAAUAAUUAGUUGCAAUGAGAAUGAGAGACUGACUAGAGAUAAUACUGUUCGCAAGAGAGAAAGUUAUCAAAUGCACGUCUAAGAAAGGACGACCAUAAUGAACACUCAAAUGAUCAGCGAUCAUCUCGGCCAGAUUCAUCAUCAUCAUUGACAAUAAAGGGCAAAAACAUUGAAGCACACGACACGUCUAAUAUGACAGAAAA